CGCCGCGUUCCUGUACCCGACCCUCCGCCACACAUCUGCCCCCUCCCUUGCACGCACGAUGAUCAAGAUCUGGAGCAUGAAGAAGAAUGAGGACCAGGCGUCCAAGAAGAAGCCGAAGACGAGUGCCGCUCAGAUCCGAGUGCAGAAAGACUUGACGGAGCUUGACCUACCACCAACUAUGAAGACAAACUUCCCUGAUCCCGCUGAUCUCCUCAACUUCACGCUCACGAUCACCCCAGAUGAGGGCAUGUACAAGGGUGGCGCUUUUGUUUUCCAGUUCAACAUCAACUCAAACUACCCUCACGAGCCACCGAAGGUCAAGUGCACACAGACUAUUUACCACCCGAACGUCGAUCUCGAGGGCAAUGUGUGCUUGAACAUCCUACGAGAAGACUGGAAACCCGUCCUGAACCUCAACUCCGUCAUGGUUGGACUACAGUACCUAUUCCUAGAGCCCAAUGCCGACGAUCCGCUGAACAAGGAGGCUGCCGAGGAACUCAAGCGCAACCGGGAGCAAUUCCUGUACAACGUGAAGACCACGAUGCGUGGGGGAGCGCUAAAGGGCACACAGUACGCCAAGGUCACUGCUUAGUAUUUCCCCCGUUCUCCAGUCCCCAUACACUUGCACAUCAUCAUUUCGGCGUCCACUCAUGUCGGACAGGUGCAGCAUGCGUCAUACGAGAGGGUAUUGGCGUAGAUUAGACGUGUAAUAUUUUGUGAUUGUAUCUGGAACCCUGCACAUCUG